AUGACUUCAGCAAGCAAAGCAAUUGAGUUACAAUUACAGAUGAAGCAUAAUGCUGAGGGAACUACAGAAUUCGUGAGGGAUUUAGAAAGCUGGGAAAAAGACAUUAAACAAAUGGAUUUGGAAUUGAGAAAUCAAAAUGGUGUUUCAGGAGAGAACUUAUUUCCUGUGCGAAAUAAAAAUUUUAAGAAAAAGAAGAAAAGUAAAGCGAAAAUGCCUUCUAAAAAAACCACAGAAGAAAACAAAAAAAACAGGAUAAAAUCUUAUGAUUAUGAAGCAUGGGGAAAACUUGAUGUGGACACAAUACUUGAAGAGCUUGAUAAAGAAGACAGCACUCAUGAUUCAGUAUCUGCAGAAUCCGAUUCAGAAGAAGAAGGGAUUCGCAUAGAUUCACAAAAGGCUCUUGCUGAGAAAGAAAAGGGAAAUAAAUACUUCAAACAAGGAAAAUAUGAUGAAGCAAUUGAUUGUUACACAAAAGGCAUGGCUGCAGAUCCAUAUAAUCCAGUUUUACCAACAAACAGAGCAUCAGCAUUCUUUAGAAUGAAAAAAUUUGCUGUUGCUGAGUCUGAUUGUAAUUUGGCAGUUGCGUUGAAUAGGAAUUAUACAAAGGCUUAUGUGAGAAGAGGUGCUGCUCGUUUUGCACUCCAGAAGUUAGAGGAUGCCAAAGAAGAUUAUGAAAAAGUAUUAGAACUGGAACCAAAUAACUUUGAAGCAAAAAAUGAACUCAAGAAAAUCAAUCAGGCACUGCUAUCCAAAGAAGGUUCUCACCUAAAGGAAAAUGAGGCAGUGAUCGAAGUAACUGAAGAAGAAAAAAAACAAUUUAAAGAACAGCAGUGUAGGCAACAGGCCAUCCGAGAGAAAGAUUUGGGAAAUGGAUUUUUCAAAGAAGGAAAGUAUGAACUAGCAAUUGAAUGUUAUACUAGAGGUAUAGCAGCAGAUGGCACCAAUGCUCUUCUUCCAGCUAAUAGGGCUAUGGCCUAUCUAAAGAUUCAAAAAUAUGAAGAGGCCGAAAAAGACUGUACACAAGCUAUCCUAUUAGAUGGUUCAUAUUCAAAGGCUUUUGCCAGAAGAGGUACUGCAAGAACAGCUCUGGGAAAAUUAAAUGAAGCCAAAGAAGACUUCACAAUGGUUUUAAAUCUUGAACCAGGAAAUAAGCAAGCGAUAAGUGAACUUUCCAGGAUUAAAAAAGAACUGAUUGAAAAAGGGCUAUGGGCUGAUGUGUUUGAUAAAUCAACUGAAAGGCAAAACUUGGUAAAAUUCAUUGAUAAACCACUUCAACUUAGAUCAAAUAAACCACUGAAGACAGUCGUCAUUGAAGAAAUUGGUAAUUUUGUGCAAAAUAUUGAUUUGCCAGCAACAAAUACCAUUUCCAUGUUAGAGACCAACUGUAUUAAUCCAACAAAUGUUAUGAAGGCUUCAGCUAUUACAAGUAAAAAGAAUUCAAGCCAAGAUGAGCUUUUGCCCACAAGUGAUACUCCAAAAGCAAAAGUAUCAAAAAUAGAAGAAAUCACAGAUACUCCAGUCCUGCAACCUCAUGCCAAUAUAAAAGUGGAUUCAUCAACUGCACAUCAGUCUUUCAGUAGGAAAAAUUCCACUGAAGUAAAAAAAAUACCUGCUCCAUUUAUUACAACUGUUCUUCCACCAGUACCUGCAAAUUCAUUUCAGCUGGAAUCUGAUUUCAGAAAACUGAAAAAUUCUCCAGAUAUGUUAUAUCAGUAUCUAAGGCAAAUUGAGCCUUCCCUAUACCCUAAGCUGUUUCAAAAAUCCUUAGAGCCGGAUGUAUUCAACCAAAUUUUGAAAAUUCUGCAUGAUUUUUACAUCGACAAAGAAAAACCAUCACUUAUCCUGGAAAUUUUACAAAGAUUAUCUGAACUAAAAAGAUUUGAUAUGGCAGUAAUGUUUAUGUCUGAAUCGGAAAAAAAGGUUACAUUUGCAUUAUUUAGUCACAUGGAAAACUCGGGAUUGAAGGACAGUUCUCUUGAAGCACUCAAGAAAAGAUACAAUAGUUGAUUAUUUUUAUGAAAUUAUUGUCCUUUUGUUUUCAUAAGUAAAAUUUUGUUUUUCCUACUGAAGACAAAGUAUUAUAUAGGUCUGCUUCUAAAGGCUACGAAGUUAUAAAAAAAAGAAUAUUCUUUAGAUAUGUUGGUCAAUUGAAUAGGCUAAUGACUUGCACUAGUGUGAUGUACUUAAAAGUGUGCUAUUUAUAAAUCUUUUUGUGAAAAUAAAAAAGAAAUAACGAAGCAAAUGAGUGUUUUGUUAUAGAAAUAACUUGAAAUAUUAAAUUGAAAUAAAUUGUCCACAUCCUAA